AUGGCUGAGCUCGAAUUCUCUGCUGAUAAUGCUACUCCAGCUGUGCCGAUUACGGCAAUGUGUAUCGUAGCUGACAAAAGUAAAGCCCCACGUGGUUUUGUUCCCAUAGUAAAGUGCCAAGAUGAUCAAGCAGAGGCAGAUCUUUGGCGAGACGGCUUUUUCACAAUCAACCGACAAGUUCGAUAUAUUUGUACUAGCACAGAAAUCCCUGACUCAAAUAUUAAAACUCCCGUCCAAGUCAUAACCAAUCUCAUAAUUGUUCGUGAAUCUGACCCAAUUCCACAUGGUUAUGUAGCAAUUGAUUAUACCGCCGAUAGCAGAGAAAAAUCACUGCGAAAGAAGUAUGUAUGUAUUCGAACAGAGCCUCGCGAUCGUGUUGUCGAUGCGAUUGGAGAAAUUAUAAUUCUUGGAAAAACGAAAAAAGUUCCGAGAGAUUAUACUUCCGCAGGAGAUAUUGAUUCACUUCUCAUUUGCUACAAAGUUAUCCCUAUCCCGCAAACUUAUGGCAUUCAAACAAGCAAUAGCACAUCGAAUUUGGAAACUCAACAGUCAACAGGUGGUCUUUAUCCUGGGCUACAGAAUCUCUCAAAUUCUACACCUGCGAAUCUUGAUGUUUCUGGAGCUUCUAGUUCUGCUUUUACAAUGAAGAACGUUGGAAUACCUCGAGUGAAGGCCAUAGACGGAAUCGAUUUCAAAGUGAAUCCAAUGUUCGUUAAAAGUGACUCAAAUAGUGGCUCUUCUCAACUCCCGGAUCUCUCACAAUUCAUCCAUUUGGAACAAAGUCGAUUAGAUGAUAAGUACAAUUACAGUUUUGCCACGGAGCACGCUGUGCUUUCAUAA